AUGAACGCGACGGACGUUGUCAAUCUCUUCCAUCGUCACCAAAUCGAAAACAAUUGCAUGGCAUGCUACGCCAAAAUCUACACUAUAAUAUUUGGUGCACUUUGGGGUGCAAUCAUCUCUGCUGGCAUAAUUGGCAACAUCUUCAUCAUUUUUGUGAUUCUUAUGGACAAGAAAUUGAUGAGCUCAUCGGUCAAUCAAUUUCUGUUGAACCUGGCGAUCGCUGAUCUUGGCAACCUCUUCUUCUGCACUCCCGAUGUUUUGAUGAUUCUGAUUGAUCGUGCAUGGAUUCUCCCGGAUUUCAGUUGCAACUUUGUGCGAUUUCUUCAAGAAUACUUCCUCUAUGCUAGUGUCCUCCUACAGGUCUGUCAAUUUUUCCCCUUGAAACCUGGCAACCCGAUGUGCUCGAUUAAUUUUCUCUUCUGUUUCAGAUGGCAAUUGGAGUUGAACGAUUUUUGGCUAUUUGCUCACCGAUGCGAAUGCAACGAUUCUCAACAAAGACUACGGUAUUUCCAGGGGGGAAAGGAUCUUUGUAUGCAAAAAAAUCUAGAAUCCCUGUAAUCUUUGUACAUAAUCCAGGUCAAUCAAAACAAGAUGUGAUUUUAUGAUUUCUUGUAGACGUCAUUGAAUUUUUCUGAGAAAAAGUACCCAAUAAUUACAAUUUUCUGAACUUUUGUCGAUAUCAAAAUAUUCCCAAAUGGGGAUAAUUGACUGAGAAAACAAAUAUAAAUGAUGUGAUUGUCUAAUCAAUCUCAAGAGGUUCUGAGUACUGUAGUCGUGGGAUUACUGUAAAUAUUUUCCAGAAGUUGUGUUUUUCUCAAUAUCAAUUAUUUAGGUACAGUAGUUUACUUACAGUAACCAAUCGUUAAUCAAAGCUGUAAUAAUUAACCUUCUAUAGUUGGGUUACUGUAUGUUGGAUACUGUAGAUGAAUUCGUAAUAGCUCCCUUGCAAAGGUUACUGUAUGAGGAAUGUUAUGAGUAGGCUACUGUAAAUCAGUUACUGUAACUAGUUCAAAUUAAAUAAUUAGUGGGUACUGUGGUUUGUCAAGAUUACUGUAGGGCAGGAAAAACACUAAUUUAAAAAAAGUAUACUGUAGUUUUUCUCUUAUUAAUAUAUAUUUCUCUCUAAUUAUCGAGCAUUUUUUUGCAGAAACCUUUCAAAAAUUCCCGAAAAUCAAAUCAAAAUUUGCAGUUUCAGGUGCUGGUUCUUGGCGGUGUUUGGUGUGUCGCAGCGUGCUUUGCCUCUCCAUAUUUCCUCUUCCAAGGAAUCUUGAUUCAUCGAAACUUCAAAUAUUGUGCCUGGAAAAAAUUGCACAAUCCAUGGAAAGAUUAUUUCAAAAAUUUCGAAGUCGUCGUCCUCUACGCUUUUCCAUUGAUCCUGUUAACCACUCUCUAUUCAAUCAUGUGUCGAGUUCUUUGGGGAAAUCGAGGUGAACAAAAUAUCGCGAAUCAAAAUCAACAAGAAGCGAUUCUCAAACUGCGUCGGUCUGUCGUCAAGAUGCUCAUCAUCUCAAUGUUGCUCUAUUUUCUCUGCUACACACCGAUUCAAAUUUUGCAUCUUUUGAAAUACGCGGCACCAAUUUGGCUACGCCUUUUGUUGAAUGGACUUUCAUUUACAAGGUAAUCCGUUUUUGCCGUGGGCAAAAUACACAAUGUUGCGAAAAAUAAUCCUUCCUGGAUUUUUUUGCGAGGGAGAAAAGAACCAAAGAUCAAGUUUGUAUUUUUAGCUCUGCCAGCAACCCAAUCGUCUACAUAAUCUGCUGCCGACAUUUCCGCUUGCGCUUGCGCGAUCUCCUUGCGUCAAUCUCCAACUGUUGUUUCUGGAUGUUCCCAAAUAUCGGAAGAACCGAAUAUGAAUGUGUGGACGAGGCGAUGACUACAAAACUCUCCAGAAGUCCAUAUGUGAGCUUCAGAAGUAGCAGAAGACAAACUUCUAGACAUAAUUUAUCCACGCUUUUAUAA